AUGAGACAGAGUCUGCCUUAUCAUAUCUACUUCUUUUGGGGACUGUUGCCCUUUUGGAUUUUGUGCACAUCCUCUACCAACAAAUGCACUGUUAGAGAUGAAAUGGCUGAUUGCAGUCACCUGAAGUUGACUCAAGUGCCUGAUGACCUCCCCACAAACAUAACAGUGUUGAAUCUUAGCCAUAAUCAACUCAGGAGGUUACCUCCUGCCAAUUUUACAAGAUAUAGCCAACUCACUAUACUGGAUGGAGGAUUUAACUCUAUCUCAAAACUGGAGCCAGAAUUGUGCCAAAACCUCCCCUUGUUGAAAGUUUUGAACCUCCAACACAAUGAGCUAUCUCAACUUUCUGAUAAAACCUUCGUCUUCUGCGUGAAUUUGACUGAACUCCAUCUGAAGUCCAACUCAAUCCAAAAAAUUAAAAAUAAUCCCUUUAAAAACCAGAAGAAUUUAACCAAAUUAGAUUUGUCUCAUAAUGGUUUAUCAUCUACAAAAUUAGGAACUCAGCUCCAACUGGGAAAUCUCCAAGAGCUUCUAUUAUCAAAUAAUAAAAUUAAUGCACUGAGAGGUGAAGAACUUGAUUUCCUUGCCAAUUCCUCUUUAAAAAAAUUAGAGUUGUCAUCAAAUCAAAUUAAAGAGUUCUCUCCAGGGUGUUUUAAUGUGGUUGGAAAAUUAUUUGGUCUCUUUCUGAACGAUGUCCGACUGGGCCCCAGUCUUACAGAGAAGCUUUGUUUGGAAUUAUCAAACACGAGCAUUCAGAAUCUGUCUCUGAGCAACACCCAGCUGUACAGAACCAGCAAUACGACUUUCAUUGGACUAAAGCAGACAAAUCUCACCAUGCUCGAUCUUUCCUAUAACAGCUUAAAUGUGAUUGGUGAUGGCUCCUUUGCUUGGCUUCCACAUCUAGAAUAUCUUAUUUUGGAAUAUAAUAAUAUAGAGCAUUUGUCUUCUCACUCCUUUUGUGGGCUUUCCAAUGUGAGACAGCUGAAUUUAAAACGAUCUUUUAGCAAACAAAGUAUUUCCCUUGCUUCACUCCCCAAGAUUGAUGAUUUUUCCUUUCAGUGGCUAAAAUCUUUGGAGUACCUUAAUAUGGAGGAUAAUGAUAUUCCAGACAUAAAAAGCAAUAUGUUCACAGGACUGAUAAAUCUGAAAUACUUAAGUCUCUCCAACUCCUUCACAAGUUUGCGAACUUUAACAAAUGAAACAUUUUUGUCACUUGCUGGUUCUCCUUUACACACACUCAACCUAACCAAAAAUAAAAUCUCAAAAAUAGAGAGUGGUGCUUUCUCUUGGUUGGGCCACCUAAAGACACUUGACCUUGGCCUUAAUGAAAUUGGGCAAGAACUCACAGGCCAGGAAUGGAGAGGUCUAGAAAAUAUUUUUGAAAUCUAUCUUUCCUACAAUAAAUAUGUACAACUUACUAGCAGCUCCUUUGCCUUGGUCCCAAGCCUUCAACGAUUGAUGCUCCGAAGGGUGGCCCUUACAAAUGUGGAUAGCACUCCUUCACCAUUCCACCCUCUUCAUAACUUGACCAUUCUGGAUCUAAGCAACAACAAUAUAGCUAAUAUAAAUGAUGAAAUGUUGGAGGGCCUCGAGAAACUAGAAAUUCUGGAUUUGCAGCAUAACAACCUAGCACGGCUCUGGAAACAUGCAAACCCUGGUGGUCCUGUUUAUUUUCUAAAGGGUCUUUCUCACCUCCACAUCCUUAACUUAGAGUCUAAUGGCUUCGAUGAGAUCCCAGCUGAGGUCUUCAAGGACUUAUCUGAACUAAAGAGCAUCGAUUUAGGAUUGAAUAAUUUAAACAUACUUCCACCAUCUGUCUUUGACAAUCAGGUCUCUCUAAAGUCAUUGAGUCUUCAGAAGAAUCUCAUAACGUCAGUUGAGAAGAAUGUUUUUGGACCAGCUUUCAAGAACCUGAGUAAUUUAGAUAUGCGCUUUAAUCCAUUCGAUUGUACGUGUGAAAGUAUUGCCUGGUUUGUUAGCUGGAUUAAUGAGACCCAUACCAACAUCUCUGAGCUAUCAAGUCAUUACCUCUGCAAUACUCCCCCUCAAUAUCAUGGGUUCCCAGUGAUGCUUUUUGAUAUAUCAGCCUGCAAAGACAGUGCCCCGUUUGAACUUCUUUUCAUAAUCAAUACUAGUAUCGUAUUGAUUUUUAUCUUUAUUGUACUGCUCAUACACUUUGAGGGCUGGAGGAUAUCUUUUUAUUGGAAUGUUUCAGUACACCGGGUCCUUGGUUUCAAAGAAAUAGACAGACAGCCAGAGAAGUAUGAAUAUACAGCAUAUAUUAUUCAUGCCCAAAAAGAUAGGGAUUGGGUCUGGGAACACUUCUCCCCGAUGGAAGAGAAAGAUCAAUCUCUCAGAUUUUGUCUGGAAGAAAGGGACUUUGAGGCAGGCAUCCUUGAACUUGAAGCAAUUGUUAAUAGCAUCAAAAAGAGUAGAAAAAUCAUUUUUAUUAUAACACAGCAUCUGUUAAAAGAUCCAUUAUGCAAAAGAUUCAAGGUACACCAUGCAGUUCAGCAAGCUAUUAAACGAAAUCUGGAUUCCAUUAUAUUGAUUUUUCUUGAGGAGAUUCAAGAUUAUAAACUGAACCAUGCACUCCGUUUGAGAAGAGGAAUGUUUAAAUCUCACUGCAUCUUGAACUGGCCAGUUCAGAAAGAACGGAUAAACGCCUUUCACCAUAAACUGCAGGUAGCACUCGGAUCCAGAAAUACAGUACAUUAG